AUGUCCGAUUUCAAAAAACAACUGGAAACAUUCACUUCCAAAGCGGAGGAUAUUGUCGACAAAGUGGGACAGCCUUUGAAACCUUAUAUACCUGCCAUUGCGCGGUUCCUGAUUGUCGCCACGUUUCUGGAAGAUUCCCUACGCAUUAUUAUGCAAUGGUCUGAGCAAGUGGAUUACAUGCAAAAGCAGCGUCACUUUCCAACGGGUCUGAGCCAUCUAUUUCUGCUUGCUAAUGUGUUGGUGAUGCUGGUAGGAUCAAGCCUUGUUAUUAUGAAACGACACCAAGAGUACGCUGUGUAUGGUUUAUUAGGUGUGGUGGUUGCUCAGGCGUUGGGCUAUGGCUUGAUAUUCGACAUGUCGUUUUUCCUACGCAAUUUGUCAGUCAUGGGAGGUCUGGUGAUGGUGCUUUCUGAUUCGCUGGUGCGAAGAAAGCAAAUGUUUGCAGCUCUUCCACAGAUUUCGGAGAAUGAUCGACGCAUGUACCUUCAGUUGGGUGGUCGAAUCCUACUGAUUUUCCUCUUUAUUGGCUCUGCGUUUCACGGUGACUGGUCGUUUACGCGAAUCUUGGUGUCUGCGCUUGGAUUGAUUGCUUGUAUCAUGGUGGCGGUGGGAUUCAAGGCAAAAUGGUCCGCCAUGUUCCUCGUUCUUUUCCUCUCCAUCUUCAACGUCGUGAUCAACAACUUUUGGUCGGUCAACCACAGUUAUUUCCAGAGAGACUAUGUCAAGUACGACUUUUUCCAAACUCUGUCCACCGUGGGCGGAUUUUUGUUGCUCGUAAGCGUGGGUCCUGGAGGAUAUUCCAUCGAUGAAAAGAAGAAGGAAUUUUAG